AUGGGAUACUUCAGAAAAUUAGUGGAACACUGUUCAGUAGCAGCGAUGCAGAUGAAUGGCAAGUGCACGAGGGCGCUAGUGUUAAAUAAAUGCGUUAAGAAGUAUUUGAAGGCAGAAGUCGGUACAGCAAGUACUACGACGACAAUGAGUUCGACUUUGGAAACGAGUACAGAGAUGGAAACGAGUAAAUCUAUGGAAACGAGUACAAGUGAGGGAACAAGUGGUGCAGCUAUAGAAACAAGUGCAUCGACUGAGGAAGAGAUUUCCACCUCGGAGCAAUUAGUCCCCGAUUCUGGUACAAAGACUACUACCCCGGUUAUCCCGAUCACCACCACCACGGCGGUCCUUUCGACGACUGAGAGUAUGGAAAUUUAG